CUUCGAUAAUACUCAACGAAGAAAUAAAAUAAUGUCUUUAAAUUAAACAGUGUAGCAUGGAGUCAGAAAACGAUGAGGCACGGGCUUUGAGGCAGCUUAUUUUAGCGACGGAGCUGAGACUGGAGAAUCUCAAGGAAGAGCUUGCGGAGGUCGAAACGCGGGGUCCUCGUAUCGGACGCCGUGAGGAGAGGCCAGAUGAACUCGAGAGCCUAAAGCAUAGCAAGUGGCCUCUCACAGCUGAGGAAUAUUUACGAUAUGGGCGUCAAAUGAUUAUACCAAGUAUUGGUAUCCAAGGUCAACUACGUCUUCAUGGCGCAUCCGUUCUCAUAAUUGGGGCCGGGGGAUUAGGCUGCCCAGCCGCUGCAUAUAUUGCCGGUGCAGGCGUUAAAUCUCUCGGGAUAGUCGACGGUGACACGGUAGAGGUAUCAAACCUGCACCGGCAAAUCCUCCACAGCAGCUCUACCGUUGGUCUGUGGAAGGUAGACAGUGCCAUCCACAGCCUUAAAGGUCUCAACCCCAACGUCGAGUACAGAGCAUAUCGAGAGCACUUGUCACCUGGAAAUGCGGCAAACAUUGUCUCUUAUUAUGACAUAGUCCUCGACUGCACAGAUCAUCCCAAGUCGAGGUAUCUCAUAUCAGACAUCUGCGUUUUGCUCCAAAAACCGCUAGUCUCCGCUUCAGCACUGCGGACUGAUGGCCAGCUCACUAUUCUUAACCACCCAGCAGCACCUCAAGGAUCUAAUGCUGGCGGCCCUUGCUACAGAUGCAUAUUUCCCAAGCCACCGCCCGCAAACCAAGUUGUCAGCUGCGGCGAUGGAGGCAUCCUCGGUCCUGUUGUUGGCGUUAUGGGUGUUUUACAAGCCAUUGAAGCUAUCAAGCUAAUAACAGCUGGGCUACAGGUUAGCCAUACCUCUGAUGAUGCAGAACUUCAGGAGUUGAAGGUUCUACCAUCUCCCUCACUUCUUCUUUUUUCAGCCAACAGUCCAAGUCCAUUCCGCACCGUUCGAUUGCGGCAAAGACGACCGGAUUGCUUUGCUUGCUCAUCCCAGGCGGGGUUGACUCCAGAGUCUUUGACGUCGGGGUCCUUGGACUAUGUGGCUUUUUGCGGUUCGGCAGCGCCAGUUAAUCUUCUAUUGGCCGAGGAGCAGAUAUCGGCUGCGCAAUAUUCGGAGUUGAGAAAUGGUGAUUCCAAAAAGGAGCACGUCCUAUUAGAUGUGAGGGAGAAGGUUCAGUUCGAUAUUUGCCAUGUUGAUGGGAGUAUCAAUGUCCCAUUCUCGAAGUUGCAGAGGGAUCUCGACACGACCUAUCCUUGGCUACCAGAGACAUGUCCUGCUGAUGCACCGAUAUAUAUAAUCUGCCGACUUGGGAACGACUCCCAGGUCGUUACGAGAAAGCUUAAAGAGAGCGGGCUCGGUGACAAAGGGAAGAGGUCAAUAUUAGACAUAAAGGGGGGCUUGAGGGCAUGGAAAAAAGAUGUUGAUAGCAGCUGGCCAGAAUAUUAGAGGCAUAUAGGCACA